AUGUUUAACGUUGAAGAAGAUACGCAUACGAUAUUACAAAAAGAACUUGAUACUCUGACUAGAGAAGCAGAAUGGCUAUUGAAUUCUCAAAUCCCCAAUGUGGUGUUGGACUUAAAAAGAGGACUAAAAAAGUGUGAAGAACUAUUGAGUUUCCAAGAGCAUGGUCGGCAAAAAUUGGAACUACAAAUAAAAUUGCAGAAUUAUAAUCGCGGAAAUUCACUUAAAGUCUCCAUUAAUCCACUAAAACCUUUUUUCGUUGAACAGAUCGGUGAUACACAAAACUACAUUAAAAUAGCAUUGGACGCACUUGAUUCCAUUCUUGAGCCUUUUACAAAGAUAAGCGCGAUUGAGAUGUUAGAAACUGCGUUAAAGUACAUCACAAACAGCAGGAAUGCGCUGAUAGACAUAAGCGAAGGAAAGAACUUUCCAUAUAAAAUAUGUGAUGCUCAAAUGUUUGACUCUUCACUUCCCGAGGGUAUUGCAAUAGAUUUCCACGUGAAAGGUUCCGAGAUCGUUACUUCUGUAUAUGCUUUUCAGUUUCAAGCAGGGGCCACUACGACACCAACUACCACAAAACUUGUUCAACUUGGUGGGAUAUUGGGGACACAUAAACAACCGCAUAAAUUGUGUAAAUAUAAAGAUAAACUUACAACCAUUCUAGAUGAAAUAACCGUGAGGUCGUUAGAUCCGCGAUUAGAAGAGGUGAUGGAAAGUUUACAAAAGAUUGAAAGGAAAGUUUCUUUUUUAACACCCAAUCGAGUAAUAAGUUCUCGCACGUUUGCUUCAAAACCUAUUCGAGAUCUUUCCAAGCAAUAUGAACCUAAUAUCAUCGAACAAGGAUGGUAUAAUUGGUGGGAGACAAAAGGAUUUUUUGAAAAAUCGAAUGUACCUAAUUCCGAUGUAUCGGAUAACUUUGUCAUGCUCACGCCUCCACCUAAUGUGACCGGAAACUUACAUAUAGGACAUGCAUUGACAUUUAGUAUACAAGAUGCCAUUGUGCGAUGGCGUCGUAUGUCCGGAUACCCUACAUCUUGGAUACCUGGGAUUGAUCAUGCUGGUAUAGGCACUCAAUCGGUAGUUGAGCAAAAACUGUUUAAAGAGAAUAAGUUGACGCGUCAUGAUCUUGGUCGGGAAGCAUUCAUAGAGCAAGUUUGGACUUGGCGUAAGACUCAUGGUGAUCGUAUCUUUGAACAACUGAAAAGACUUGGCGCUUCACUGCAUUGGAAAGGACUGUUCUUCACCAUGGACGAGCCUAGAUCUAAAGCAGUAACUAACGCGUUUAUAAGACUCUUCGAAGACGGGAUGGUGUAUAGAGAUACGCGUUUUGUUAAUUGGUGUUGUGCGCUGGAAACAGUCAUUUCUGAUAUUGAAGUAGAUUAUCAAACUAUCGAUAAACGCACGUUUCUUAAGUUACCUCGACGCGAUAAAGGAGUUGAAGUCGGUGUACUUCAUAAAUUCGCUUAUCCCAUUGUGGAUAACUCGGGAAAUUACCAAGAGUUAAUAGUUGCGACUACCAGAAUAGAGACAAUAUUGGGAGAUUCUGCAGUAGCUGUUCAUCCUGAAGAUCCACGAUAUCAAUCGUUACAUGGAAAAGAGAUUAUCCAUCCUUUUUCAAAAAAACGACUACCUAUAGUUUGUGAUUCCAUUUUAGUAGACAAGGAAUUUGGUACAGGGGCUGUGAAGAUCACACCUGGACAUGAUCCCAAUGACUAUAAAUGUGCUCGUCGACAUAAUCUCCCUAUAAUCAAUAUCCUAAAUAAGAACGGAACUUUUAAUGAAAAUUGCGGUGUCUCGGAAUUCAUAAAUAGAGAUCGAUUUGAAGUCCGUGAACAGAUAAUAAAUAGACUUUCUGAAUUAGGCCUUUACCGUGGUAAAAAUAAUCAUUCGAUGCGUGUCGCUUUGUGCUCAAGAACAGGCGACAUAAUCGAACCAUUAUUACAGCCACAAUGGUAUAUUCGAUGUAAAGAAAUGGCAGAUAAAGCUCUACGAGCUGCUGAACAGGGUGAUAUCGUUUUUAAGCCUGGUUAUCACGUCGAGGAAUGGAAUCGAUGGCUAGAAAAUAUACAGGAUUGGUGUAUUUCGCGACAAUUAUGGUGGGGACAUUCGAUUCCCGUCUAUCAUAUCACUUUUUCCAGUGAUAUUAAAAAUAUCGUCGGAAAUGAUAUAUGGAUUGCCGCUAGUUCAAAAGCUGAUGCUGAAAAACGUAUUAAAAAUUAUAUGCGUCAAAACAACAUUCCCCUUGAUACACAAUAUAGCUCGAAACAAGAUGAAGAUGUUUUAGAUACUUGGUUUUCUUCUGCUUUACUUCCAUUAUCGGCAUUGAAUUGGACGGGAGAUAACAUUAUUCCGGAUAAUUAUCCAACCUCGAUGAUCGAGACCGGUUUUGAUAUCCUGUUCUUCUGGGUAGCUCGAAUGACAAUACUCUGUACAUAUUUCACUGGUAAACCCCCGUUCAAUGUAAUUCUUUUGCAUGCAAUGGUACGCGAUUCUCAAGGUCGAAAAAUGUCGAAAUCUCUCGGGAAUGUAAUUGAUCCUCUUAAUGUGAUUGAUGGCAUCACUCUUGAAAAAAUGCAAAAAGCUUUAUAUGUGAAUAAUCUCGCAACUCAUGAAAUUGAGAGAAGUGCCGCGCUUUUGUCAAAAGAAUAUCCGAAUGGGAUAGAAGCAAAUGGAGCUGACGCACUUCGAUUUACUUUGGUCUCUUCGACACAUCAAACACGCCAAAUCAAUCUUGACCUGUCAAAUAUCGCUGCAAAUAGGAGUUUCUGCAAUAAAAUAUGGAAUCUCUUUAAAUUUUCUCUGCAACAAUUCGAGCUGUUAAACCACAAAACAAGUGUCGAAUCUAUUGCGGCGUUUGAUGUGUCCGAUAAUAUGUUGUCUUUGGUGGAUCGAUAUAUUUUAUCGAGGUUGGCUUAUACCGUUUCCCGUUGUGAGCGUGGCUUUAAUGACCAUGAACUUUAUGAAGCGACAGAUGCUAUUCGAAGAUUUAUUUGGGAGGAUCUUUGUGAUGUGUACCUCGAGUUCUCCAAACCUGUGCUUUAUAAUAAUAGAAUGGAGGUCAAUGAACCGCGCCAAAAAACUACACUUCGUGUUUUGGAAAUUUGUCUUGACUCUUCGCUUCGUCUUUUGCAUCCAUUUAUGCCCUUUAUUUCUGAGGAAUUGUGGCAACAUCUUUGUCGUAUAUUACAAAUCAAAUCUUAUCCUGAAAGUAUAAUGCUUGCGAGAUAUCCAAAAUCUAAAGAUUAUAUUAUCCUUAGAGACGAAAAGAUUGAACAAGAUAUGCAGACGGUUCUACAAGUAAUCCAUGCCUCUCGCUCGUUACGACAAAACAAUCAUGUGGUUCUUGGUCACAAACUACCCUUCGUUAUAUGGUCUGACAAGGAUGAUUUGAUGAGCAGCCAAGGACCGAUUUAUAAGUACUUGGACGACAUUAGUGCGUUUAUCGGCGCCUCUUCGAUUGCGAUUAUUGAUGGACGGGAUGGAAAUGCCAAUGAAUCAUUACUGAAAAAUUCAGCAGCAAGCUCAAUUACGCCAAAUCUCAAAAUACAUUUACCAAUGAAAGCCAUUCUAGAAUUUUGGAAAAUAAGCGGAGGACCAACAAUAUCAGUAUCGAAAGAGGAGCAAAUAAAAAAGCUAAUGCAAAAAUUGGAGAAAAUAAAUAAUGACAUUGAAAGUCUCAACGAAUUACAAAGAAAACCAGAAUAUGUUGAGAAAGCUCCAAACGUGGCUAAAGAAAAAGACAAGUAA